AUCGAUUGCAUUGUUGGUCUUGUCGUCCAUCUUCAGUGAAUUCAACUCCAAGAAACCCAGAGACGGCUCGAAUUAACAGACAGCGAUGAGCAGCAUAGGCACGGGGUAUGAUCUAUCCGUCACCACCUUUUCCCCCGACGGUAGGGUUUUUCAGAUCGAGUACGCUGCCAAAGCCGUCGACAAUAGUGGGACUGUUGUCGGUAUCAAGUGCAAGGAUGGGAUUGUUUUGGCUGUGGAGAAGCUGAUUCCUUCGAAGAUGAUGUUGGCAGGAUCAAAUCGGAGAAUCCACGCCGUUCACCGGCAUUCUGGAAUGGCUGUGUCUGGAUUAGCAGCAGAUGGUAGACAAAUUGUUGCAAGGGCCAAGUCUGAAGCAACAAACUAUGAAAGAAUAUAUGGUGAACCUAUUCCUGUGAAAGAGCUUGCAGAUCGAGUUGCCAGCUAUGUCCAUCUUUGUACACUGUAUUGGUGGCUGAGGCCAUUUGGUUGUGGUAUUAUUAUUGGAGGUUAUGAUAGAGAUGGACCUCAACUAUAUAUAGUUGAACCUUCAGGAGUUUCAUAUAGAUAUUUUGGUGCUGCAAUUGGGAAGGGUAGGCAAGCUGCUAAAACAGAAAUUGAGAAGUUGAAGCUUUCUGAACUAACAUGCAGGCAAGGUGUCAUUGAAGUAGCCAAGAUAAUUUAUGGUGUUCAUGAUGAGGCUAAGGAUAAAGCCUUCGAAUUGGAAUUGAGCUGGGUGUGCGAAGAAUCAAACAGGCAGCACCAAAAGGUGCCAGAGGAUCUCGUGGAGGCAGCCAAAGCAGCUGCCCAGGCUGCACUGGAAGAGAUGGAUGCGGAUUAAGGACUAAAAACUGACUUCCCUUCGAUUGAUGGACUGAGAUUCAACAAUUUGGAUUUUUUUUUCUCCUUGAUUUAGCUUUAUUUUAAUUAGACUGUUAUAGAUGCUUAUUUACAUCUGCUUGUUGGAUUUACUUUUCUGGCAUUCACUUAGAAAAAAAAAAAAUAUAUACUUCUAUGUAUGAAAGAUUUGAAAUGCUUCAAAUUCAAAGUAAAUUGAAUUGUUUUUAAGCU